UGAAAGUAUGCUGUGUAGCUGUCAAGUUUGCUUUGUACGCUACGAACUGUAGUAAAGACAGUGCGUAGUGGUUUUCAAUGCAAACUCGGUAAAUUUGGUAUUUUAUUUGGCCUCUUUCAAAUACCCAUUUUGGCACCAUCUGGCGGUGCUAGUUGUAACGAACGUGCUACUUGCAAGUCUGCAAGACAAUAACAUAAUGGCUAGCACAGACACGACGGAAACCCCUUCUUCUGACGCGGGGGAUGCUCAAGGAUUGCGUUACAAUGGUUCUCCAGCAUUAUUUGCAAGAAUGCCAGCAGAAAUUGACGCAGUGUAUUAUAGCAUGUCUCACAAGAAAAGAGGGCUUGCGGUGAUUUUCAAUCAUGAAAAUUUUGAUAUUCAAAGUUUGAAGGCACGUGCAGGAACCAAAGUAGACCGUAACAACCUCAGCGAGUCUCUCUCGAAACUUGGAUUUGAGGUCAAAGUAUAUGAUGAUCUCACAUACAAGUCUGUGAAAGAAAUUGUUGAAGAAGCUGCACGCUAUGACCAUAAUGAAUGUGACUGCUUCGUCAUGGCUGUGCUGUCACAUGGAGAGAUGGGCGUUUUGUAUGCCAAGGACACAGCAUACAAGCCUGAGUUUCUCUGGACACAUUUCACUGCGGAUAGGUGUCCCAGCUUAGCUGGAAAACCAAAAUUAUUCUUCAUUCAGGCAUGCCAGGGUGACAAGUUGGAUGGUGGGAUUACACUGAGAACGGAAACAGAUGGUGCCCCACUUUCAUAUAGGAUUCCAACGCAAGCAGACUUCCUGAUAGCAUAUUCGACAGUUCCAGGGUACUGUUCAUCGACCAUCACUACCCAUGGCUCGCUGUUCGUGAAGGCUCUCUGCUCGGAGCUGCGAAGUCGAGGAACUAAACUUGAUAUCCUGACACUUUUGACAUUUGUGUGUCAGCGUGUUGUGAUUGACUUCGAAUCCAUUACACCUAAUAACAAUAUUAUGCAUGGGCAGAAGGAAGUGCCAUGCAUCACAUCAUUGCUGACAAGAUUAUUGUGUUUUGAGGAGAAGAAGUAAGAUAACAUUAGUUAUAGAAUUCGUAUGUGCUAAAAUUUUGUUGUCUUGUACUUAUGGCUGUAACAGCUCCAGGUCUGAUAGUUUGUAAGAAAAGGCACAUUCAGAAGUGCAAAAUGCCAUUUUAUUUAUUUUGAGACUAGAGGAAUUUCGGCCAAUAUAUUUUGAUAUGGUAGCUUUCUUUUUAAAAAAAUUUGUAAAAGUUGCAAUUUUACAUAUUGGCCAAAACAGUUUUGUAAUGCAAAGGAAGUAUUUGUGGCAUUACAGUUAGCAGAGUAAUGUACGUUUGAGCCUUUUUCUGUGGAAAGUAUUUAAUCCACAUAUUUUCUCUUUUGUUUACCAGUUCACUGAAACUAUCACGCUUGUUUUGUAAUAUUUGUUGCUUUCCAAUGAAGUAAUGAAAAUGUACUGGGUAAUAUGAAAAGAAACAAGCUAUGCAAAUAUGUUACAGUUUUGGGUACUCUGGAACUUGAAGAUUUUUUAUUAUCUUAUUGACCAGUGUAAAUGUUCCUGCAGUUUGUCAUUUUGUUCCCUAAUUGUUUGUGUUGGAAUGUAGAUUAUUGUAAUAUAAACUACACAUGCAGAAAACACUUGUAGUUGCGAUUUAUGCUCUCUAACGUACUCAAACUCUCAAAUGUUAAUGUUGUUCUUGAUGGUUGUAACAAAUCAGACCUUUUCACAGUAGCAUUUGUGUGCAGUUCUUGAUCACAUUUAAUUUCUUAUUUCCUUGUAAUAGCACUCUCUGGAAACAAAAAACAUUUGCUCCAACAUAUAAUUAAUCUUAUUUCUCAAUUUUCAUUUUCAGUAAUACCACAUACAGUUAGCUUUGGAUCAUGCAAUAUAAUACAAUAAAACUUUGGAUCAUGUGAUAAGAUGCACUGUGAUGUAAAAGUACAAAAAAUACAGUUGUAGUGCCUUUGGAAACAUCUGUAGAAUAGAGUGUCUGAGUAUUUACUUUUUCAUAGUUAACUGCAAAGGAACUGCAAAUAAAUAAUUAUACAUACUUUUUAACUCACUUGUAGAGCUUAGUGUCCAUUCCAGUUGAAUAACCUUUUAAGAGUGAAACAUUUAAUGUGUGGUUUAUAAGUAUUUAAAGACUGUAGCUGGGAAAUUGUAUAAAUUUCAAAAGAAAAUGUGUUCCUUUGACUGGAGAUGUAUGAUCCUUAUCUAAAUUGGCUUUCUACUGACUUUUAAAUGAUACUGUACUGAUAGUUGGUAUUUUUGCUGCAGUAUCUGUCAUGAAUAGCAAUUAUUAUCUCUCUGAGAUAAACUGCAUGAUGGUAAAUAAUUUACUUUUCUUUGAAAUAAGUAAAACUAUAGGCUAAAUGCAGUGGUUUUUGAAACAUUCCAUGUCAUAUCUGAAAGUUCUUUUGUAUUGUGUAGGAAGUGGAAUAUCCUGUAUAGUUGAUUUAUUCUUCACAUGUUGUAUAUUUGAUUAAUACCAUGUCUGAACUUUUUUUUAAAUUAAGGUGAGAACUGCAUAUUUUACUUGUAAUCAUAUAUUUCUUGUGAUGUACUUAUUGUAAAAAAAAGUAUUGUAAAGACAAUGUAUGUAAUUUUGAUUGAAAUUAUAAUUUAGUAUGUCAGAAUUUGGUUCAAUUUCAUAAAUAAAUUAUUUCAAAACUGUA